AUGGAGUCCGAGUCAAUGGAAUAUCGGUAUCUUGGGAAUUCAGGACUUAAAGUUUCAGUUUUAAGCUUUGGAAAUUUGACUAGCAGUUGGGACAAAGGAGCUGAAGAGUGGAAUUUUCAAUGUAUGGAUGGCCAAGCACAGAUCCCAACCUUCCACCCCCACUCCCUGGGAUCAUAAAUCCCACCCUAAUAGACCCAUCCCCACCCCAUUACAUAAUUAGACAUUUAUAGCAUUGUCAGUUGCAUAUAUUUGAGCACCAAUAAGCUUGUCUUACUGAUCAAAGCAAGCCUACUAUACAAUUAUGAAAUAGCAACUAUUAUACGAGUUUAUUAAUGCUCAAUAUUUUGCAAUGCACAAUAAUUUAGCAAUCAGGCUUAUAGCCAUGCCCCUAUCGAGCAAGCUUAAAUAAACUGAGGAAGGACCUUGAUGGACUCUAUUGAGGAAUUAAAAAGUGGCAUGUCAAAAUAAGGUUGACAAGUGGUCGUGCAUGAUUCCAAAUAUAAAUAAAAAUGGCAUGGCGAACCAACCCAACCUCCUACACCUGUAGCUGGGGAGACUAAGGGAACUUGCGGUAGGAAGUUUUGGGCAUUCGGUAUGUUAAUUCGGCCAUGUUUUACUUGAUUUGGUGAGCGCAAAAUCUGAAAUUGUCGGACUGCAAGUUGGUCAAGGUUUUACCUUGGAGGAAGAUGGAGUUCGGUGUUGGAAAAGGGCUUCCAGCAAUACCAGUGAGGCUCCUCCUAAUCGAUCGGGAAUGUUCCUUAGUGCGAUAUCAGGCGUUGUGCUCUUUACAACUAAUUUUCAUCUUGGCUGACAGAUGACCAGAAAUUUGUUUUUCGAAUUUUCUAGAAGCUAAACCCCAUAGGCAUACAGCACAGCUAUUCAAACAUUCCGACUACUAGGGAGUAUGUGCAGGCCCAUGCCUGGUAGGAGUAUGGCUUUGAAGAUCGUGAGACAAUUGUCGAAGAAGCAGACAAAUGGAGCGUUAUGGAAGGAAAAAGGAUCUCUGUAUCCCGACAGGGAGCUUUUCUAUAAUCUAACUAAGUGUAUACUACAAUUCCCCCAACCUUUCCACCACGCUUAAUACCAAACUACCUAAUCUUGAUCAUAAGAAAUAUAAUAGAUAUUGCACUGUUUUCUCUCCUUAACAACUAAAACCCAAUUAAUAGUAUAUUUACAAUAUAUUUUAUAUCCCUACUAUAUGCAGAAUUUUAUACAGCUAGCAAAUUUAGUUUAUAUUUUUGUAUUAAAUUUAAAAGAGAUAUAUCAUGCCUUAUAUUUAAAAUAAGCUAUUUAGGAGAUUAAAUCUGUUAAAACCAUUAAUUUAGCACAAUUGAUGCUAGAUAUUGCAUGUGUCUAUGAUACAUAAUUAUACUCGAAUUGAUUUAUUUGUGUCUAUCCAUUUUAUAUUAAAAUCUGGCGUCUUUGUCUGGGCAUAGCCUCCCGGCCAUCCAGCCUCGACACAUAUUUUAAUUAUAUCCGGCAAGGUUUUUCCAACCUUGAAAUGGACGGCAAUGCUAGGUAAGCAACUCUGCAGGAGCGCAGAGCCUAGCCCAGGUAUAUUUUUGAGCUUGGUUUUUACCUCGAAGGAAAGGAGGGUUCAUAUUUGGAAAGGGCAAGCCCAGCAAGGUCUACAUGGAACACCUAGACCAAUCGGGCAACUGCCUAGCGUGAAACUGGGAGUUACGCCCCAGGAUCUGGAUUUUUCCUUUUUUGCCGACAGGAUAUCAGAAAUUCCAUUUUUUGGAAUUUUUUGGGACGCCAACUUCGUAUUCCACAGCCUUAGGAGGCCGCACAAACCCGUAGACUGCCCACUCAGCACUGGAGCCCACAAAACAAGGAGGAGACCUUAUGCUUGCAAAGCGGUUGAAUCUCCCAGGAGAUCCUCGGUGAUUGCGUUAAAUUAAAGGCACGAGACUGUCUAUCUAAUGUAAUGUGUCUAUCCAUUUUAAAUAAAAAUUCGACUGGAUUCGUACUUAAAAUGCGAUAAUUAAGCAAAAUUUAGAGAAUUUCUCUAUAACUCAUACAUCCGAUUCCUAAACUAUAUAGGGGUGGGAUUUAUGCUUUAGGGUUGGGGGCGAAGUGGAGGGGGUGUGGGGGAGGUUGGGUCUGUGCUUGACCACAUGGAUAAAUGCAUUAGAGGAGGUGUUAAUUUUUUUGACACUGCUGAAGGUUAUGGCCUUGGAGUUGCGGAAAAAAUAUUAGGAAAUAAUAUAAAGCAGGGAGGUUGGGAUAGAGACGAUCUUAUUAUAACAACUAGCUUGACGUUCAAAAAUUUACUUUUUACUAGAAAAUGAAAAUAUAGCUAUAAUAUAGCAAAAUAUAUUAAAAUUAAUAUUUUUUAUAUUUAUGUAUAAAGAGUAAGCUAAGUCCUGUAAGAUUUGGAAUCCAAGGCCUUAGUCGCAAAAGGAUAAGACAAGCAAUUGACCACUGUUUAGAAAGGCUUCAACUAGACUACGUUGAUGUACUUUACCUUCACAGAUUUGAUCCAGAAGUUCCGCUUGAAGAAACAAUUAGGAUUAUGAAUGAAAUUAUUGAUAAUGAUAAAGCUUUCUACUGGGGAACUUCUGCCUUUACUCCUCAGCAGAUCUCUGAGUGUUUUACAAUUUGCGAAAACAAUGGAUGGAUUCCACCAAUUGUUGAGCAAUGCGAAUAUCAUAUGUUUGAAAGAGAAAUUGUUGAAAAAGAUUAUGUUCCAUUAUUUGACCAAUAUGGGCUUGGAACUACAGUUUGGUCACCUUUAUGCGGAGGUCUAUUAUCUGGAAAAUAUAAUGAUGGAAAUAUUCCAGCUGGAAGACUUGAAAACAAUCCAUUUGUUAAUUUUUUUAAACAGAGAUACGAUAAAUUUAUUGGGAGCAGAAAAGAAGAGGCUGUUAAAACUUUGACCGGGUUAAAAGCUUUAGCAGAGGAGUUAGGAUGCUCUCAAUCUCAGCUUGCACUUGCAUGGGUAAUUAAAAAUCCUGACGUGUCUACUGCUAUUGUAGGUGCUAGUGCUCCUCAUCAUAUGGAUGACAAUAUAGGCGCUAUUGAAGUCAUUAAAAAAUUGACCCCAGAAGUUCUUACAAGAAUUGAAGACUUGCUUGGUAAUAGACCAGCUCCGUCAAUGAAUUGGAGAACAUUCACACCAAAUCCUCCAAGAAGAUAA